CAUCAGUGUGUUUACAUCUCACCAGCAGCUUCAAUUUAAAGCAAGAUGCGACAUCUACUAUUAUCCCUGGCAUUAGCCUUCUCCAACGCAGAUAUGUCGCUUCAAAGUGUGCUUGCGACGCGGACAACUUCUACCUCUGGGUUGGGCCACAAUGCAACCCCUAUCCCAACGCCAACGGAGACUCCUUGCAGUAAUAAUGGUUAUAAGUUGGAACGGAGAGCGGGACUCUACUCCACCCCGCGUCGUAUUUGUGGAUGGUUCUCAGGCACAAGCGCUGUUGCCUGGCAGUACAAUGAUGCGUUUGCAACUUGUUUUUUUAAUUCCGACGUGAACAUAGUUGGAAAUGGGGUACCAUUCCAGACGACUUGUGUUGAUGGUGCACAAUUAAGCGCAGGGCCCUGCACUACUUGUUCUGGCAGUGUGCUCGAAUGUUCGUCAACAGCCUCAUUUUGUGAGACGUAUUUUUACGGCUCAGACUAUUUCGCAUAUGGAUGCGGGACGGAAUCAGGAAUAAGUCAUAUCUUGCAAACGACCCCGGACGGCAUGGCCGAUCCAAUUGCCUUUCCUAUAUACACCGGAAAAAGGGGGAUAUCUAUAGGAGUUCAAUAUCCAAGUGACUAUCCAAGUGAGUCGAGGACAAUAGAGACAAGCUCGUACUCCUUGCCUUCAUCCACUGAGUCCACGGAUUCGUCCGCCUCAACUCCCACAAGCCCCUUACUAGACCCUUCCACAACUCCCAAUAAGGAAGCAUCUUCUAAAUCCGCUCCAGUGGGUGCUAUAGUGGGUGGAGUGAUUGGAGGCGUCUUUUUAAUUGCUCUCAUCGUCGGCAUUGUGUUGUUCUUGGUCAUCUACUCGAGACGAAAAAACCAAAACCUCGCUCCGCCCCAACAUCAGCCACCACAAAACGGGUUCGGCAAUCGUCAGGUUAAUCAAUAUCCUCCUAUGCAGCAAUAUCCUCCGCCGCAUAAUCCCGAGGGAGGAUUUGUCCCUCAAACGAAUCCAAACCAGGAUGGCUUUCCGCCACAGCAACCUGUAAACCCCGAGCUUAACCUGAAUAUUGUCAACCCACAAGGAUUCCACCAGAGGGCAGUUUCCCAUAUUCAGCUAAAUCAGCAUACGCCCCCGCCACAGCAUCCUGCUAAUCCCGAGCUCGAUUCGCGUCUCAUUAAUCCGCAGGGCUUUAACCAGGGGGUUGUUUCUCAUAUUCAGUCAAAUGGACAUACGCCUUCACCCCCGCAACCCACUGCAUCCGGGAUUAAUGAAAAUCUGCCAAACUAUAGCCAAGGCGUAUCCCCAUCCGAGCUUCCCCAAAGCCAAUCAAUCAUUCCGCUACAGCAACCCGCUACACCUGAGCUGCAUGGCAAUCAACCAAGCUAUGGUCAAGGGACAUCCCCAUUUGAGCUUUAUCAAAACCAAUCUACCACUCCGCAACAGCAGCUGGCUCAACCGGAACUUGAUUCUCGUCCUGCUAACCAGGCCUAUCUCCAACAAGUCUUUGUGUCUAACGGCCAGCCUCCGCAAAUGAGAGAUGGCUCGAGGAUUCAUGAGGCGCCGUGAAGUCAUUAGGCCUCGGCUUAGCUAUCAGUAUGUCAUGAGACAGCAGCAGGUCUUCGAGAUGAACAGCGAGCGGUUACGAAGCCUAGACUACCCGAGCUACUCCUCCGCCAAGUCAUUGGGCAUCGAUCCUGCGAAUGUGUUGUGAAAGAAAACGAUCCUUCCAUUAUUCGGUGUGCAGACACACCGCUCAUGCUGCAUUGGAAAUACUAUAUUCUACCCGAUAUGAUAUACGACGCACCAGCGGCACUUCCUUGGAUGCAACGUCGCCUACACAUCUUGCCGUGCUGGAUGUUCUUACGUGCAUCUAUCAACCAAUGGUACCGGUAUGCCACGGCAGUGAACUAUCUUAGCGACCUGGAUUAUGAUGCCUAGAAAUCCUACCUAGAUAUCUCCGCGGGCAUGUGCUGGAUUUGUACAUCAGAGUUUGGUCAACGCUUGGGGGUAAUUUUGUGACCGAACCCCGCCGUGAUUAGGAUCUAUUAAGAGUCAUCGGUCCGGAUGGCAUUCUGCUUGAUCCACGGCACGGAGUCUCUAAAUGCUAUGUGUGAAUCAAGCUUUAAAUAUACUGAAAGUAGUAAGCAAGAGCGAUUUCUAGAAAGGUAGAGUACGUCGCUGCUGCAGUACUUCCGUAGCAUAUUGUAGAUUUUAAUACAAUUUUUAAAUAUUUCAAAAUAUACUUCAAGGUCAGACCAC